ACUAUAGAGACCUUGAACAGGAACUGGACCAAAGAGACGGAUUGGGAGGAAAAUACAUUGCAGCGCCAAGCAGAAAGUGACCAAGGCGGACUCUGCUGGAUAAUCUCCACUAUCCUACAGCCAUGACAUCUAGUUUAUAAAUUUGGGGAGGAGGAAGAGGAGGCGAGCCGAGGUGUGAGUGGAUGCAGUCAUGGCCUGUACCUCCUGUUGUUCUUAGAGAGGCUACCCAUUGGAGCGGACCCAUUACAGACAGAGGGCGCCAGGAUGAAACUGUGGGGGAGGUCAGUUCGGCCUUUGCAGGUGGCCUACCUCGUUGCCUUGGCGAUGCUCUGCAUUGACCCCGUGUCCGCUGGCAACCGCAGUCAUCGGGGAUCGACAGUCUCCUACCAGGUGAAGCAGGGGACAUGCGAGGUCGUGGCUAUCCAUCGCUGCUGUAACAAGAAUAAGAUCGAGGAGCGUUCCCAAACUGUCAAGUGUUCCUGUUUCCCGGGGCAGGUCGCUGGCACCACCAGAGCUAGACCCUCAUGUGUGGAAGCCUCCAUUGUAGCCCAGAAGUGGUGGUGCCAGAUGCAUCCGUGUAUGGAUGGAGAAGAAUGCAAGGUGUUGCCCGACUUGACCGGAUGGUCCUGCAGCACUGGCAAUAAAGUCAAAACUACAAAGGUCACACGAUAACAACAGCGCCACUUGAGCAAGAGGAACCGUUCUUCAUGUGGAAAGAGUGGAUGACUCACACAUUUACUGUACAAUGGGGAAAAUAUGAUGUCAGCAUAUACAUCAGAAAAAUAGACAAAUUGUACCCUCUAUGAAUGACGUACUCGAGGACACUACAGUUACGGAUGCCCAGGAUAGACAUGGACCGGAAUGGACUCUCAUUUUCAGGCACUGGACAAAGCGUGGAUUGAUUGUGACGUCAACUCUCAACAUUGAUUAAGCAUUUCAAAGCAUAUCUUUCAGCAGCACAUUCGUGGAUGAGUGAGACGUGCAACACAAGCUGUGCGUAGAGACACAACCUAGACCUUUUCUUAACAUCUUAUAUAUACUGGAGCAAAGAGAUAUCAGCUUAGAACUAGCAAAUUAGCAUCAAAUUGCUCUUAUGGGUCAAGUCACCACCACAAAGACUAUUUUGUGAGAGUCAUUUUAAAGUUCUAAUUAGGAGUUGCAGUGUAGGACCAUAACAACAUAUUAAAAAUUCAUGUAUGAUAUUUGCACUAGUUGAAUUCUUUUGGGAAUGUUUUGUUUUUCCCAGUAUCGCCGAUAUCACUCUGUGGAGGUCAUACAGAAUUUAAAAGUGAGCUUCUUGUAAAAACCUGACAUUUAAGGGGUAGACAAAUAUGAGUAAAUACGUCUUAGUCCAUUACAUCUCAGUGGUGGAAAAUGUGUCUAUAUAUUGAGCCUUGCUCUCAUUUGAAUUGGUACAAUACAAACUAGCAAAGUGGGAUCCUCCCAUUUUUUCGUAGUUGGUCCACAGCAUCCUGUGACAUCUCUAAUGCCAUCCGUUCAAAAGGAGACUCAUAAAAGGUUCACACUGUAAAUGAGCGUGUGUGGUCUUUGUGUAGGAAUGCUUGCUGUUUUCUCUCUGGACAUCUCAAGCUUACGUGCAAAACAACUUACUGAAUGAGGGUCAUUUGGAAGUACCUUUACAAGAAGCUGGAGGUGUUUGUGUGCAUGCACUGAUUUCCCCCCUGAAAGCCUUUCUGCAUCAAUAUUUCAGUGAGAUAUGGUGAAAUAAUUGCUACAGAUAAUGGCAGUUCAACCCUUUGCAGGCUUUCCCCACAGGGUCUGUCACUGUUGCUGCACGGAGAACAGAACAACCCAAAGCAACCAUCUUGGAUCUGUCUAUUAAUUCUCUCCAUCCUCUCCCUGCUUUUAUAAUCCCUUGUUUGUCUCCCCUUCCCACCUUAACUCUGCAACAGUUUUAUACGUGUGAGUUACUUUUGUUUUCAAGAUUUCCCAAAUCUAUUAUUUCUCUCUUCAAUACACAUCCAAUUGUGCGUCCCUCCCAAAAUGUGUCCCUCUGCCUGUCUGAUAUGUGAAUGUGCCGGGUCAUUGUGUCUCGGGGUAGGCCCGCCGGGGAAUGCUCCUAUCCGAAUGAGACACUCUGCUUUCAGUCAUGCUGUUUUAUGAGCUAUGAUAAAUCUGUAGGAGAUGAGUUUGUGCCUCUCCUGCUCCUGUGCUCAGCUCUGAGCCAGAGGGAGCUUGGGGGGAACGCAGGCCUACUGGUGGCAGGCAGCUCCACACUCUCAUUACUGAGGGGCCAGCAUAGCGCCGGGCUUCUCUCGGGACCGCUGACAUGGAAUAUUUUUAGGCCUAUGUUGCAGCACUGCAGUGUUGCCACGGUAUCCUCUUCUGGAACAGAUUCUCAGCAACAAUUGUCCGUUUGGAAGGGAGAAUAGAGAAGACUUUCUGCACCCUUUUGCACACAAGGAUUCAGAAGCCUCCCAGCACACCCACACCUGAAACCACUUGGGGAGAAUGAGUGAUGAAAGUGUCAUAUUGCUUUGUAAUAGACAAUAUGAAGCUAAACGAUCGAGAUCAAACCACAUGAGGAGUCUGUUUACUUUCCGUACGUUCUCUUUAUCUGUCUUCUUCUCCAACAUUCCUUCUCUGUUACUCCUCCCGAGAGGUUUGGUGCGCAGUGGAUGAGCCUGGCGCCUCAUUCCCCUCGUCCUACACGCUCUCUGCAGUAGAAUCAAUAUUUGAGAACAAUUUGCACUGCUCCCUGUUGGCUGGUGUGUGACGAUGCAACCUCGGCUUCAGGUCUUAAAGACACAGAUUGUGUCAGAGAAAGCUUUUGCAUUUCGACCUGCAGGUCAAUAAAAUCUGUACCAUGCAUAUAUUUAGAACAUUUGUGUGGGGUUGCCAGCACUGCAGCACAGGAAAUGCACACCCCUUCCUGUUUUUGGCAGUGGUAUGAGAAUAAAAGAAGACUACACUCAUCAAGGGGCCUCAAGGGAUUUCAUAUUAGCAUA